GGAGAAGUUAGUCAGCAGAUAAAGAGUUUUUUAACCGGGUCAUUGUACAUUUCUAGAGGAAAAAAGCAUGGCGCAUCAGGACGAACUUGCGACGGCUAUUUUAAAGAACAAGUCGAAGCCAAACCGUUUACUGGUGGAAGAAGCUAUUAAUGAUGACAAUUCUGUUGUAUCCAUGUCUCAGGCCAAGAUGGAAGAGCUACAGCUCUUUCGUGGAGAUACAGUCCUGAUAAAAGGAAAGAAGAGGCGAGAUACUGUUUGUAUUGUGCUGUCUGAUGAUUCUAUCUCAGAUGACAAGAUAAGAAUGAAUCGUGUUGUGAGGAGGAAUCUGCGAGUAAGGCUUGGUGACAUAGUCAGUGUGCAAGCAUGUCCUGAUGUCAAAUAUGGCAAAAGAAUUCAUGUCCUGCCAUUUGAUGACACAGUGGAAGGCCUAACAGGGAACCUGUUUGAUGUCUACUUGAAGCCAUACUUUUUGGAAGCUUACAGACCUAUCAGGAAAGAGGACAUGUUCCUUGUGCGUGGUGGAAUGAGAGCUGUUGAAUUCAAGGUCAUAGAGACUGAUCCAAGCCCAUACUGCAUUGUGGCACCAGACACAGUUAUUCACUGUGAAGGAGAGCCAGUCAAGAGAGAGGAAGAGGAGGAGUCUCUAAAUGAAGUUGGUUAUGAUGACAUUGGUGGCUGUAGGAAGCAGUUGGCUCAAAUAAAGGAGAUGGUGGAAUUACCACUCAGGCAUCCCCAGUUGUUUCGCGCCAUUGGUGUGAAGCCUCCCCGUGGUAUUCUUCUCUAUGGUCCUCCAGGAACUGGAAAAACCUUGAUGGCAAGAGCUGUUGCAAAUGAGACGGGAGCAUUUUUCUUCUUGAUAAAUGGUCCUGAGAUAAUGAGUAAACUUGCGGGUGAAUCAGAAAGCAAUCUUAGGAAAGCUUUUGAGGAGGCAGAAAAAAAUUCCCCAGCAAUCAUAUUCAUUGAUGAAAUUGAUGCCAUUGCUCCAAAGAGAGAUAAGACACAUGGAGAGGUGGAGCGGCGAAUUGUGUCCCAACUUUUGACUUUGAUGGAUGGUUUAAAGCAGAGGUCCCAUGUUAUUGUUAUGGCAGCAACUAACAGACCAAACAGUGUUGAUCCAGCUCUGCGAAGAUUUGGCCGUUUUGAUAGGGAGGUGGACAUUGGCAUACCAGAUGCUACUGGCCGUUUAGAGAUUUUACGUAUUCAUACAAAGAAUAUGAAACUUGGGGAUGAUGUUGAUCUUGAGCAGAUUGCAGCUGAAACUCAUGGUUAUGUUGGUUCAGAUGUUGCAUCCCUUUGCUCAGAAGCUGCUCUUCAACAGAUUCGUGAAAAAAUGGAUUUAAUUGACUUGGAAGAUGAACAAAUUGAUGCGGAGGUGCUGGACUCUUUAGCUGUUUCCAUGGAUAAUUUCAGAUAUGCCAUGGGUGUAUCCAACCCAUCAGCUCUCCGUGAGACUGUAGUUGAGGUGCCCACAACAACAUGGGAUGAUAUUGGUGGUUUAGACACUGUCAAACGUGAACUACAGGAGCUUGUACAGUACCCAGUGGAACAUCCAGACAAGUUCCUCAAGUUUGGAAUGACACCUUCCAAAGGAGUUCUGUUUUAUGGUCCACCAGGUUGUGGUAAAACCCUUCUGGCCAAAGCCAUUGCCAAUGAAUGUCAAGCAAACUUCAUUUCCAUCAAAGGUCCAGAGCUUCUUACCAUGUGGUUUGGUGAGUCAGAGGCCAAUGUGCGAGAUGUGUUUGACAAGGCCCGAAGUGCUGCUCCUUGUGUGCUUUUCUUUGAUGAAUUGGAUUCCAUUGCUAAGGCAAGGGGAGGCAAUGUUGGAGAUGGAGGAGGAGCAGCAGAUCGUGUGAUCAACCAGGUGCUGACUGAAAUGGAUGGAAUGAAUGUCAAGAAGAAUGUCUUCAUUAUUGGAGCAACCAACAGGCCAGACAUCAUUGAUCCAGCCAUACUGCGGCCAGGUCGUUUGGAUCAGCUGAUUUACAUUCCUCUUCCUGAUGAAGCUUCACGUGUCUCCAUUCUUACAGCAUGUUUGAGGAAAUCACCAAUUGCAAAGGAUGUAGACUUGAAUUAUAUUGCCAAGGUUACUCAUGGCUUUAGUGGUGCAGAUUUGACAGAGAUCUGUCAACGGGCAUGUAAACUGGCUGUCAGGGAAUCCAUAGAGACAGAGAUUCGGUUGGAAAGGGAGCGAGCUGACAACCCAGACUUAGACAUGGAAGUGGAAGAUGAAGAUCCUGUGCCGGAGAUCACAAGAAGCCAUGUUGAAGAGGCAAUGAAAUUUGCCCGCAGAUCGGUCAGUGAUAAUGAUAUUCGCAAAUACGAGAUGUUUGCACAAACUUUGCAGCAGAGCCGUGGAUUUGGUGGAAAUUUUAGAUUCCCAAGUCAGUCAGGAGGUGGAUCUCAGGGGAGUGGACAGGGAGGUGGGCAAGGUGGCCCAGGAGCAACAGAUGAUUCUAACUUAUAUGAUGAUGGAGAUGAUGACCUGUACAGUUAGGACAGCCUGCACAUUUCCUUUUGUGUUUUUUGGAAAAGUUGCAUUUUGAUUAAGGCCACCAACUCACCAUGCUUCUGUUUAAUGCAAUGUUGAGGUUAACACCGAAAAAGGAAUUUUGUUUGAUGAAAAUGUAGUGCUUAGCUUAAAAUUUUUAAAAUGUGAUGUAUUAGACACUAUGAUAUUUAAUAAAGUGCUUUGUAGUGUGAUGA